AGUAAUGGGAAUGACCUGCCCUGCUUCAUUCAUGUCAAAGUCGACAACAGGACCUGGUGUAGCCGGGCGACCGUCGUAUUCCUUUUCUUCGUCACCGAUGGACUCCACGGAGUCGCAAGUUCUGCAGAGAGUUGCGAAACAAAACCUGCGCGUUGUCCAGGCGACAUCGGACACGAGAUUUCAACUAUAGUUCGUCGCUGUGUUCUCGCUACCUUUGUCACUAUUUCCUUUCGGCGCUCUGUAUUUUCCGCUUCGCGAGUGGCAGAAACCGAGUUUGGCGGGUUCGGGUCGUCUCAGUCUCUGAGUUGUACUCUGUGUUCUGGCGUGUUACUUCUUUGUGUUGUGGUUUAUUCACCGGCUGCACGGAAGCAACUGGACGGCGACGCGACGAGGCGGGAAAAAAGCGCUUUACAUGGUGUUGUGCUGUCUGGAAGCGAUCGGUGGGACCAUUUUUGUCGUCGACAGUAUAAUUCCGAUGGAUGGUGCUGCAAAGCGACUCGAUCCGAUCGCUGCCUCCUUUGCACUUUUCAUAUGAGAGAUUGUCGUUUCGGGCGCUCUUUUUCAAUCUGUG